AAACACACAACAGCUUGUUGCGCCACGUUCUAGUUGGCAAUGUUUGGAUGAAUUUGCAAGUGCAUCGAUAAGCGAAAGGAUGACCGAUAAGAGUAAGGUGCAAAAUGCAUGUGUUAUCGUCCUGGGCGACAUUGGGCGCAGCCCCCGCAUGCAGUACCAUGUGAAGAGCCUGUCUGAGAACGAUUUCUCGGUGGACUUCAUCGGAUACGUACAAUCGCCACCGUUGGAAGAAAUCAGAGCCAGUCCCAAUGUGCGAAUACACGAGCUGAACCCGUUCCCGGAGCUGGAAUUGCCGAACAUUCUGAAGUACAUCUUUAAAACGAUAUGGCAAGCGUUAGGUUUGCUCAUUACUCUAAUCAGCAUACGGAAGCCGAAAUUUAUUCUUUGCCAAAAUCCUCCGGCCAUCCCGGCGAUCAUUGUGGCAUACCUCUAUUGCUUGUUUGCCCGCUCGAAGCUGAUUAUUGAUUGGCAUAACUACACGUAUUCGAUUUUGGAACUUGAGGCGCCAGACUCACUGAUCGUACGAGUUGCGAAAAAGGUGGAAUCAUUCUUUGGCGCAAGGGCAGCCGACGGGUUUUGCGUCACUAAAGCGAUGAAAGAUGAUCUUUACACGCGUUGGAAUGUUAGAGCAACUGUACUGUACGACCGGCCACCACAGCAAUUCCAGAGCAUCUCGAUCCAGGACAAGCAUAACCUGUUUUUGCGCCUUGGAGAAAGUGUCAGCGCCUUCCGCACCGCACAAGACGCAGCGGGUGAAGAUAUUGUAGAGUGUACGGCGUUCACCACCAAGCACCGUAAUGGCGAGAUCAAGCUUCGUGACUCAAGACCUGGCCUGCUGGUUUCCAGCACCAGCUGGACACCAGAUGAAGAUUUCAGUAUUUUGCUCAGCGCGUUGGAUCAGUAUGAGCGAGAAGCAUUAGCAAUGCCGGCGCACUACCCGAAUCUUGUGUGCAUUAUUACGGGCAAGGGGCCGCUUAAGGAAAAGUACCGCAAAAUUGUAGACUCAAAAUCGUGGAAGAUGGUGAAGCUGGAAAUGCCUUGGCUGGAGAAUGAAGACUAUCCAAAACUGUUGGCGAGCAGCGAUUUGGGCGUAUGCCUGCACUACAGCUCUAGUGGACUGGACUUGCCGAUGAAGGUCGUGGACAUGUUUGGCUGUGGACUGCCCGUUUGUGCCAUCCAUUUCGAUUGUAUCAACGAACUUGUGAAGCACGGUGAGAAUGGUUUCGUAUUUCAGCACCAUCAGGAGUUGUCGGAGCAAAUUGGCCGUUGGUUUUACGACUUCCCCAGUAACAUUGCCUUGGCGAACAUGAAGCAGGAUAUACAGAAGCAUCUGAAGCAGUUCCAAACGCUCAGAUGGACCGAGAAUUGGAGAAAUGUCGCAUUGCCAGUGUUUAAAAAAUAGGCUUAGUAAUGUAAGGAUUGUUCUUGUUGCUUAUUGUGGUUUUUUAGUAAGUAAUUAACAACGUUUGUAGGCAGUAAGAAAAGGACUGAUUUAAUAAAAUACCUUUUUUCCAAACGCAAA